UACUUCGUUGCUUGAUCCAUUCUGUCUUAGCUUACACUUGGCUAUUAUGAUGGUUGCCGUUUUCUAAUGUUUCACGGUUUUUGAGCGAAAAGUGCGUCUGCAUUGAUUUGCCGACGAAGGGUGGAAUUUAAUUAAUAUAAGAUGUUACAAGGAACAUUUGAAAUAAAAUGACAAUGGGGUUAUGUAAAGAGGCCGUUGUUGUCUUUCUUCUCUCCUUCGUGCUCUUUGUCCAAGCUGAAGUGAAGCGUCACAGAAAUGUUUUGGUGUUUGUUGGUGAUGACUAUGGAUUUGAAUCUCAAGUUUAUAACAACAAAGUUUGUAAAACACCAAACUUGAAUGCUCUUGCACAACGCAGCCUAGUGUUUGACAAUGCUUUCACCUCAGUCAGCAGCUGUUCACCAAGCAGGUCAGCUAUUUUGUCCGGACUCCCUCAACACCAGAACGGCAUGUACGGGCUGCACCAUGGUGUGCACCACUUCAACUCUUUUGACGGGCUCAGAACUCUGCCAAACAUACUCAGCAAAGCUGGCAUUAAAACUGGUAUAGUUGGAAAGAAACAUGUGGGUCCUGAAUCUGUGUACAGUUUCGACUAUGAAGUUACAGAGGAGCAAAUCUCCAUCAUGCAAGCUGGCAGGAACAUAACGUUCAUGAAAGAGAAAGUCGCCGAGUUCUUUGCUCAGAAAGAAGAAGACAAACAGUUCUUCCUGUACAUCGGCUUCCACGACCCCCACCGCUGCGGCAGCACACACCCUCAGUACGGGCAGUUCUGUGAGAAGUUUGGUAAUGGCGAGCCAGGCAUGGGCGUCAUUCCAGACUGGACGCCCGUCUCGUACUCCGCGCAGGAAGUGGAGGUGCCAGACUUUGUCCAGGACACUCCAGCGGCCAGGGAGGACAUCGCUGCCCAGUACACGACGAUCAGCCGCAUGGAUCAGGGAAUUCAACUGAUCCUGACAGAGUUGGAGAAGGCCGGCCACUCUAACGACACUCUGGUUCUCUUCACCUCGGACAACGGGAUUCCCUUCCCAGAUGGGCGGACCAAUCUGUACACAGGAGGAGCGGCGGAACCUUUCCUGAUCUCCUCGCCGCUAGGACGCAGCAAAUGGGGACAGAGAAGUGACAUGAUGGUCAGUUUGCUGGACAUAGUUCCGACGGUCCUGGAUUGGUUCAACGUCAGAUACCCGUCCUACAAGCUGGAGAGCAAGAGGGUCAAGCUGACCGGUCAGUCCUUGCUCUCGGUGGUCAACGAUGACUCGGCUCUAGCGGCAGGAAAACUUCGUUCUGAGGACACCCCUGGUGGUGCAAGACACGGCGGUGUCCCCAAAGAUGCUGUAUUUGGCAGUCACGACCUCCACGAGGUCACCAUGUACUACCCCAUGAGGUCCGUCCGCACCAAAGACUAUCACCUCAUCCACAACCUCAACUUCAAAAUGCCCUUCCCGAUUGACCAGGACUUCUUCGUGUCUCCUUCGUUCCAAGACCUUCUCAACCGGACGCGAUCAGGCUCCCCUCUCCACUGGCACAAGACAUUGCAGACGUAUUACUACCGGCCCGAGUGGGAACUUUUCAGCCUGGCCUCCGAUCCGCAGGAGGUGACCAAUUUGGCAAACAAUCCCUCGUAUUCUGGAGUCCUGUCCGAGCUCCAGGCUCGGCUGAACGCCUGGCAGAAUUUGACCUCCGACCCGUGGAUCUGCGCGCCGUGGGGUGUGUUGGAGUAUCAGGGAAGGUACAAAUAUGACCCCCAGUGUCUUCCUCUCGGGAACGGGAUACCUUCUCAACUCGACAACUCGAGAAAGACACCGGCUGUCAGUGUCAGGCUCGUUACCUACGAGUAUUCCUCUACCUCUAGAUCUUUUAUGUUCUGGUUAACCUCUAGUCCAAAUUCAAUUUUCUUUGACUUUUGCGUGUACGCUUUAUUUGUGGGCUUCAGCAUUGUUUUCUUUGUCCGUCUUGCUCCUAAAAGAAAACUUGAAGUGAAAAUUGGGAUAGAUCUACCCUCUUCGAAAUAGUAGGGGAGCUCUGAGCAAAUUUCUGUCUGACCCAAUUAUUUUAACAUCACUUAUUUUGACUUAUAAAUUUAUGAGGGCACAAUCUAGAAUCCCCAACUAGGCCCGUACAGGCUACAUUUAAAUCUGUUUUAUUAUACUAAUAUAUGUGCACUUCAUAAUCAUAUUUUGAUUAGUGUCUGUGGUGUAGUGGUAAGGACCUUGGUUUUUUUCUUGCGAAAGGUGUUAGCUCAAUUCCCACUUUGGGAAAUUUCAUUUUAUUCAGGAUCUCUCUUUUUUCGGUGAGGGAUGCUAUAUAAUAUAUUAUAUAUAUCACACGCAGCCCAGCUGGCCACAACUGGCAGGUUCGAAGCAGCCCACCUCCCUUUUAAAUGACCUGAAAUGUGUCAAAAUGUGGCAAAUAGCAUAAUGUACUCAUGUAGAUACAAAAUCGUAAUAUUUUAAUGUGCCAUUUUAGGUGGCUGUUCUCUUUAUUGACUCCUCCUAUGACCUUUGACUUCUCCAGCAGAGAUCAGCUUCAUGUUUACUUCUGCUCAGGGUUCUUUGAGUGCUUGUAUCAUGUAUGUGGUGGGUAAGUGAAAUUUGACCAUAUCUCUUCCC